AUGGCAGCUCCCAACCACCUGUACCAAUAUUCUCUCAUCAGUUGCUUAGCUCAAGGCCUAUGCGGGGACGGAAUCCCAAUCUCUCAGAUGCUUGCCCACGGCGACCAUGGCCUCGGCACUCUUGCUAGUCUCGAUGGCGAAGUCAUUAUCAUCAACGGAAAAGCCUUCCAAUAUACCUCAGACGGUAGUACGCGCGUCCUCGCCCAUUCAGAGAUCACCGCCUUUUUGAUGGUCACCUUCUUCCAGCCCACUCGAUCUGUCCAGCUGAGAACGCUGACGCAUCACACCUUGAUGGACGAAAUGUCAACUCUCUUCCCCUCGACGAGCAACCAUUUCUGGGCCAUCAAGAUUGAUGCACACUUUGAGAGGAUCGAGUACCGAGUGGCUCCUCGCCAGAAUUACCGCGGUGAAGGGUUGGCCGAGGUGACCAAGCGUCAACGACUGGGAUCUUUCACUCAACGGCGUGGAACGAUUUUUGGAUUUUAUUCGCCUUGUUUCACGAGCGCUUUCAGUGUGGUCGGCCUUCAUCUCCAUUUUAUUGCCGAGGAUACCAAAGUCGGUGGCCAUGUUUUGGGAUUCAAGGCACAGGAGGUUUCCUUGCAAGGGGCUGUUGUAAAAGAGUAUCAAGUGCAGUUGCCGGAGACGGAGGAGUUUCAAUCGGAACUUGUGGUGGAACCUGAUCGGGAUAUGAUUAUGACGGCAGAAGGAUGGCCUCGCUGA